UUCUACAAAGAUGCAGCAUCGGUGCUUUUUGUAUUAGGACCUGCUCUGGGAUGUUUGUCGCUGAGAGGCAUGUCUCAUGUAAAAAGAAGAAACCGAAGGAAUCGGAUGAUAUUUUUUUGGGAUUGAUCAAACCGAGAGAAGAAGUUUAACUCGGAGUUUCAGUCGCUAAUUAGGAAGAAGUUGGCCAAUUCGAGGCCUGUGUGCCAUGCCAGAGGGGUCCCAUUCUGCUCUCCACCAGGGGCCAAUGGGGGAAGAAUCUUCUCAGCUGUCCUCAUCCCUCUCCACCUGCAACCAUGUCAAGGAUAACAUAGAUUUGGGUCCAGACUAUUACAGCCAGGUAUGUGUGGAGCCACUAGACGGAGAGGGCCAGCGUCCCGUGAGCCUGGUGUCCACCUUGUCAUCUGGUUCAUCUGCUGAUAGUCAAAGCCUUUUUGGAAGUACGGUUGCCCUUCCGUCCUCCACCACAACUUCCCUUCAGAGCGAGGAAAACAUUGACCUGGAACUGAGCCCGACAGAGACCACCAAUAGGCAGACUGGAAAUCAGAAUCCUCACCUGAAAGGUUCUGUCGGCGGCUGGCGCAGGCAUCUGGAAGCUUUUGUGAUCAGCAACCAGCGGAACAACGCCUCUGCCAGCAGGCCUGCCAGGGGUAAAUUACUUCAAGUGACCACCUCGCCUGUUGUUCCAGAAGCAAUGGCUCCUAACCCAAAGCUGACCUAUAUGGACCGUGUUGUCAUGGAGAUCAUUGAGACGGAGCGCAUGUACGUCAGAGACCUGAGCAGCAUCGUGGAGGACUAUUUGGCACACAUUAUCGAUAUGAGAAACCUCCCCAUUGGGCAUGAGCAAGUGAUGGCCUUGUUUGGAAAUAUAGAGGACAUCUAUGAGUUCAACAGUGAGCUGCUGCAGUGUUUGGACAUGUGUGAGAAUGACCCCGUGGCUAUUGCUCAUUGCUUUGUUGACAAGAGUGAAUAUUUUGAAAUCUACACCAAAUACUGCAACAAUUAUCCUAACUCAGUAGCAACACUGACUGACUGCAUGAGGAAUAAAACAUUGGCAAAGUUCUUCAGGGAUCGGCAGGCUGCUCUGAAACGCUCUCUCCCUUUGGGUUCUUAUCUUCUGAAGCCAGUGCAGAGAAUCCUGAAGUAUCACCUACUGCUGCAGGAAAUUGCCAAACACUACGACUCAGAUGAAGAAGGCUAUGAGGUUAUUCAGGAAGCGAUAGAAACCAUGACAGGAGUGGCCUGGUACAUCAACGACAUGAAGAGGAAACAUGAGCAUGCUGUCAGAGUGCAGGAGAUACAAUCUCUGCUGAUCAAUUGGAAGGGUGCGGACCUGACUACCUGUGGGGAGCUGGUGCUAGAGGGAACAUUUCCUAUGCUGAGAGCUAAGAACACCCGGACGCUGUUCCUGUUCGAAAAGAUGCUCCUCAUCACCAAGAAAAGAGGGGAACACUACGUCUACAAGAUCCACAUAUUGUGUUCCACCCUGAUGCUGCUCGACAACGCCAAGGAUCCUCUCCUCUUCAGUGUUAUCCAUUUCAAACGUCCCAAGCAACCCCAUACUGUACAGGCAAAGUCUGUUGAAGAGAAGCGUCUGUGGUCCCACCAUAUUAAGCGGCUCAUUCUUGAGAAUCACAACACCUUAUUACCACCGAAGGCAAAAGACACCAUUGUGGACAACCUGAACUAUUCUGGAAAGAAUAGUCUAGAGAGGAUGAUGAAAGCAGACUGCCUCCAGAGUGACAGCCCUCAUCUUAAAGGACGAAAUGGGAGGAGGAGAUCUGAACCAGCUAAACAGAUCAUAAAGAGCACCACUGCUGUUUUGAAGCAUGCAGACAGUGAAGGCACACUGCUGGGGGAUAGGAGCUCCCUGCAGCCCGCUUCUAGUGUCAGCACACUGAGCCCCUGUCUAGAUGAGCCCCAGGGUGAGAGGCCGGGUGUGGAGGAUCUGAGGAACUCUCUGGAGCGGCUAAAUGCGGCUGACAUUGACUCUUCACCCAGAGAGGGAGAGGUGGGGCUGCAGCAGGAGAAUGCUAUAGAAGAGGGGGAGAGUUUCAAAGAGGAUGUGCUGAUGGGGGACGACCAGGUAGCCGACUUUGCCAGCUCGGUGCUGGCAGCCAUCUCCUGCUGGCACUUUAGAGCCAGGGCUUUGCUUUCUACUCACUUCACAACGGAUGAUCAGAAUGAGGAGCUAAAUGUGGCACUGAUGGAGGAGGCUGAAACCUGCAGAGGGGAGGAAAACAAUGAGGAUAUCUCUGUGAAACAAACUGUCGGCGCUCAGGUCGAUGCACAGCAGCUGUGUCAUCAAGUCUGUGUCCAACAAGAGGAAUCAAUCGACCAGCUGGAGGUGGACACCUCGCAGGGCUUUGAGUCCACAAAGUCCUCUGAGCAAGAAACAGAGACCCCAGAAUCUUUGGAUACCUCCAGAGAAACUGGAGUGGAGGAGGAGGGAGAGAGCGACUCUUCAGGUCUUCAGAUGGAGGAAAUGAGUGUGCUGACAAACAGUGAGCUCUCCGAGGAGGAAGAGGAGGCGUUUUCAGAUAAUCAAAGCAUUCAGCCUUCCUCUGAGCUGGACAAGACUGAGUACGUCAUCAGCAGUUUGUCCCGGCAGAGCAGUCUGGUUUCUGAGGACCAGAGUCCAACCCUAUUAAUAAAACAACCAUUUCAAAACCUCCCAUCCUGCUUGGAUGUGGAGAAACAGACGCAGAACAUGUUAGAUAGCUCUAUACCAGAACCCCAAAACGCCUCACAGUCUGAACCGUCCGAUACUGAGCCUGAUUUGAGUCAAGAAGAACGCAGGUCCACUCUAUCUAAAAAAGAUCGCCUGCUUAUCCAUAAGAUCAGGCGUUACUAUGAACAUGCUGAGCACCAAGAUGCUAACUUCAGCAUCAAGCGCAGGGAGAGUCUGUCCUACAUUCCAGCUGGGCUGGUAAGACAUCUGAGUAAACAGCUGAGUGAUGUCCCAAAGGAGAAAGUGGGUCCGAUAACCAGGAAGAGCCUCUCUCGAAACAGACCUACUUCUUGGUCAGUCUUUGAUCUUCCAAGGUUAGAAAAGGGUAAAAAAAGUGAACCUCAAAGCUCAGUUGAAGCCAAAGUUCGAUCUAAUAGCUUCACUGAAUCGCUUGGUGCAGAAGAAGAGUUUAGGCCUUCGUCUGAAAUGCUGAAAGUUUGGGAAGUUAUGGAAAGUGAGGAGGAGAUCCAGGAAGUAAAACAGGCCGCAGAAGACAACCAAAAAGUUCAGAUAAGCUUAGACAAUUUGCAGGUCGAAACCAGCGAUCAACCAUCGCUGAUAGAAGAAGAGCCUGAAACAAGCGCUGCUACAGAAACAUGCUCAGGAUCAACACCAACACCUUCCAACAGUCUCCCCACAGAACAGUGUGGUUCUGCUCAGGACCGGAGCCCUUGUCAGUCCCCGGAGAGCGAAAACUUCCACCCCAGCCAUUUACCAAAGAGCAUUAGCUUCCAAACCACCAUAGAUGAAGACCAGAUCCUGCAGGACAUGGGGAGGAUGAAAAGCAAGGUGUUCAAACUGGCUCGUCAGUACAGUCAGCGCAUUAAAAACAACAGGCCGAUGGUGUGGCAGAGGAGCCGACUCAACGCAAACCAGGAAGGUGGAACCGCUGUCCACGAGGACACGCUGAGGAAAACGGGCAAACCUAACUUAAGGUUGCAUUUGAACCAUUGUGACCAGGAGAUCAUCAGUGAGGUUUGUUCUCCAAGUUCAGACCAGCUAGCAGCCUCACCAGGAAGCUCCCAGGCUUCCUUAACAUCCCCACACAGUCCUCAGUCCGAGACCUUCCACUGGCCUCACGUCCAGGAGCUGCGUUCCAAAUACUCGCACAUCUCCCACUCUCUAAAAACCAACUGCAGCUGCACAGAACCAGAAAGGAUAAAGAGCCGCACCUCUCAUAAGUACAGAAGCUCCUCAGAUCUCCAUAUAGCUUCUACAGACUGCAGUGAGAGCUGUCUAGUGGUAGAGGACUGGCCUCAGCGAAAUAAGCGCUCCCUGCUGUGCAGGUGGAGCUCCUUGGACCAUAUGCUUGGAUCUGCCCCUCUGCAUGAAGUACAGAACCUUCAGGAAGCUGUGCGGACUUGUUCUCUGUGUGACAGAAUACAAGAUGGAGACGGGCACCUCAAGGAUCUUCCUAACAGCAUGAAGUCUCAGAUUUCUGGGAAGUCCUCAGAUAGUAACCUAGUUAAGACUUUACGGGAAAAGUUCCAGAGCUUAAGUGCAAGUUAAACAAAGGUGUAAAUCCAACAUAAACCUGGAAGUUACAUGAUGCUGUUAAUAUUCUGCAGAUCUCUCCUUAAAAAUUGGGGAUUCUUAUAUAGGGGACAAGGUGCAAUAAUCUGGGCACCAGUGUAAAAUAAUAGGGAUGGAAUGAGCAGGCUGUCUUGAAUUUGUCUGCAUGUUACAGUCUUGUGUUAACAGUCAUUUAGUUCCCUACAAAAAAAAAGCAACACUUCUUUUAAAUUCCCUGAAUUUGGCUGCUAUACUCCUUAUUGACUGUGUAAACUGUAAAGCUAGCAUUCCUGGAAGCGAUUGGGAAUAGCACUU